AUGGCCUACACCGUCAACCAUGACUCCACAAGGCCACCGGACACAGCAACGUGGUUCAUGGACUGCCGAGGGGCUGGCUGGCAAGAGAUGACGGUGAAGUUGAGCCCGCUUGUGGAGGAGAAGGUUCCUGGCAAUGUUUGGAGUCGAGUCAACUCCAGCUUGCAGAUCACCACCAGCCUUUGCACGGAACGGAACGCUCUCGUGAACACUGUCUUUGACCUGCAGGGCGAGACAGACAGUGGAGCUCCUCUGUACAGGGCCUCCGACGGCAGCUACUUGUACCACGGACCUCACUGUGGUCUUGGCCAAAGCGGAAAGAAGUGGAUCAUUAGCCCAGCCUUAUGUACACAAGGCUUCGACUACGCGUACAUCUUGUCAGAGGAUGAGUAUGGGCCGCCCCUUUCAUCCUCUCAGUGGUCCGUGAACUGCGGCAGGAAAGGCUGGCUAACCAUGCCGAUCAAGUUCAGUCCCAUCACGCUGUACGGCCGCAUCAAGACGCCGAAAGGCUUUUGCCUGGAGCCUUGGCACGGAGAUCCGUUGCUUCAACCCUGCACGGCAGAUGGCUCUCAGCUGUGGAUCUACAAUGCAACCAGCGGACUUCUGAAGGACCGGCAUGGCGAAUGCUUGGAGGCCCCAGUCGUCGGCGCUUUCCCGUCACAGCCAGUCGGAACUCCCGUUCGCACCACCGCCUGCGAUCCUGACUCGGCAAGUCAGAAGUGGACGUACGACAAGGAAACGAAGGAGGUGAAGCUUCGAGCCGGCAACUGCCUGGAUGCGGCACAGCCGGACACAGUAGGAGGCCGCGUGCAACUAUUUCCCUGCCACGUCGGCAAUGACAAUCAAGUCUGGGUAUUCUCUAAAGAUUAG